AUGGUGUGUCUAGCUUGGUCGGAUGGCGUGUGGAGGUUGGAUCAUUUCAAUCUAAACUUCUCUUCGUCGGUGGCGUCUGCUGUUCUGCACGCCGUGUGGAAUCCGCCAUCCGCCGCGGCCCUCUGCUUCACUCCAGCCGUCGCCGCCUCGCGUCCGGUUCUUCUCCCCUUCUCUCUCUUCGCCGAGCUCGCCGCCGCCGCUGCUCGCCUCGUCCCCUCGCGCCUCCAACCCCUAGCCUCCCCUUCUCCUCCUCCCGUCCUCUCCUCCGCCGCUCGGUCGCCGUGCCCGUGCUGCUCAACCUCCGCCAUCUUCUCCUACUCCAGCGCCUCAUCCCCUGAUCUCACGUGCUCGGCCUCCAUCCCGUUCCCCUGCCUGGCGGCGCUCUCUACCGCUGUCGUCGCUACGUAUUCUCCUCCCCGACCAUCGACCUCAGGCCGCCGCUCCGUCCCCCGUCCCCAUCGCAGCCCUCCUCGAGCAGCAGGACAGGCGGCGGCCAGAUCCACCACGACCGCCGCAGUUCGUCCGGAUACGCGCCCACCCCAGUUGCUGGUGCGCCACUGCUGCCGUUCUCGUGCGACCGCGCAGCUCCUCUGCUCCAACCCUGUCAAGGUGCCCUCCUCCCCCUUCUCGAUUCGACGCUGCAUGUGUUGCUCUCUUCAUGAAGCUCCUCUCUGCUGCAGUCUUGGAGGAGAUGCUGGAGAACCUGAGAUGCGAUUCUUCGGCCCCAACAAGCUCCAGGACAAGGAGGGCGACAAGUUCCUUCUUGGGUCCAACGCAGGGUUAUUUGGUAGCCAGAAGAUGGUGUUGGUAUCCAUGAGGAUGUCUUGAACGUUAUGAGGUGUCAUAAAUGCUGCUCAGAGGAAGCUCCUUGAUGAGCUGGGCAUCCCGGAUGAAAAUGUGCCCAUUGACCAGUUCAUUCCUCUCAGUCGGAUGCUUUACAGGGUGUCGGCUGUAGAGACAGAAGAGGAGGUUGACACAUCCUCGGCGCCUACUGCAGCGACCACGACCACAUGUAUCUAAAAGAGAGGAACUAACUAAAUGACAGACAUAUUCCUAGCUUUGGAAAGAAAUAAUGACCAGGAUAUAUCAAGAAAAUGCUCUUAUCUUGCUACAGUUUGUUUUCACUAUUUUUUAUUAAAAGAACAAGAUGCUUUCUUUGACCGUUAAUUAUAUCUUGUAGUAUAAUAAUUGGUGUUGAUGCAUGAUAGCAUAUUUUUUGUGAGAUAGUUUAAUCAUCCUCUGUUGAUCAGGGUAUUUAACAUUGCUUAUGUAACAUGACAAAAUAAGCUAUGUUUUUCUCUGAAUUCUAAACGGUAUUUAUCA